CACCCGCACGGAUUAUUGUGUCCCCAUCAAUCCCAAGUCGAAAGAAGUGUGCAAGACGUCGACGACAACUUCAUCCCACCAAAUCCACCCAGCACACUCCCCUUUCGACACCGACAAGGGCCAUAUACUCACCAUGGCUUCCGUCCCGAGUGUGCAAUGCUUCGGCAAGAAGAAGACGGCUACCGCUGUCGCCCACUGCAAGCAAGGCAAGGGUCUUAUCAAGGUCAACGGCCAGCCUCUCCAGCUCGUCCAGCCUGAGAUCCUCCGCUUCAAGGCCUACGAGCCCGUCCUCAUCGUCGGUGCCGACAAAUUCGCCGGCGUUGACAUCCGCGUCCGUGUCACCGGUGGUGGUCACACCUCUCAGGUCUACGCCAUCCGCCAGGCCAUCGCCAAGUCCCUUGUCGCCUACUACCAGAAGUACGUCGAUGAGCACUCCAAGAACCAGUUGAAGCAGGCUUUCGUUCAGUACGACCGCACACUCCUCGUUGCCGACAACCGCCGUGCCGAGCCCAAGAAGUUCGGUGGUCGCGGUGCUCGCGCCAGGUACCAGAAAUCCUACCGUUAAAGCGUCGUUUGCUGCUGCGAUGGUUGGGUGGGCGCGCGGUUCCUGUUAUCUAUGCUAUCUUCUCUUUGCUCGGAAUUAAAAAAAGAAUAUUAAGAAUUUCUUUUCUUAACGGUAUUUACUGCUGGGAAACAAUGAUGAGAAGAUAAUAGAGAGGAACUGGUGUCUGUGUCUGUGCUUGGCGAGGUGUAUUGGGACCCCUAGGAUGCAGGGAUGAUAAUGUCGCGUUCUGCUGUGCAAUUGGAGGGAUCAUGCACAACCUGUGGUUGUCACAGCAGGGGUGGAAUAAUGGUUCGGUACUGGCUCUGUCAUGACUGGAUUAGUAUAGGCCAGAAAAAUUAAAUAUCACCCAAAUUUCCUUUCUUC